AUGGGAUGGCAUAUACAGAAAUAUAUUGCAAAGGCCGGAAGGGCUGUGAACCCUGUGGUCUGGUACAAGACAUGGAACAACUGCGAGGGCAAGCAGGUUUCUGAUGUCGCUAAAAAUAUCGCACAUGGACUAAACAACGAAUUCGCACAAAUUGGACGCGUUAGUCAAUACAGGUACUGGUGGUGGGCCAAUCCUCUGGGUGCUGGACUGAUCCUCUACGGAGGAUAUAAAGCUUGGUACAUGUCAUAUAUGGCACAUAAACAAAGAAAAGUUGCUCAAUUGGUAGCUGGAGCCUAUGGCCAAGGUGGGCAGUGGUUAAAUCCAGUCCCCAAGUAA